UCCCAGUGCCCUCAUUUGUUGAUGACUCUUCGGGUGCCCUUCCUGAAAGUGAUCGGAUCCAGCGUAUGAAGGAUCGGAUUACGUAGAUGGAAAAGGACUUGCGCAGCACUUAUGCCUUAGCUGCUAUUGUCAAUAAGAAGAGCGAGAUUGCAACCGAUGUGGAACGGUACACUCUUACUGAGCUGCAUAAAGCUACUGAGAGUUUGAACUUCAUAGCUUUGAACCGUGCGGAAGAGAACAAGCGGAUACACGAGCGAGUGCAUGCUUUAACCCAGCUUUCCUCAUCCGAAGAGAUUUUCUGGCGGGAGCACUCGAAGGCUUCGGCUGUUGCAAAAUUUCAGGAUCGGGUCCAACAAGUCCACCAAUUCUUUGAUAGGUGCUACAAAGCUAUGAGGGUGGUUUGGAAGACAAUGUUUCCUUUGAAUGCAGUUCCCCCCACGCUUUUGACUUUGAUGUCCGAGUUUGGAAACGCCAAGAAGGUUCGGGACUUGGUGCGAGCUCAAGUUUUCGCAGGGGCCAAAUGUACGCUUGCCCUUGUGCUUGCUCGUUAUCCCUCAGCAUGUUUGCUAUCUAUCGCCAACGCAACUGGUGAUUUUGAAGAACUGUACCCGAAGGUUUUAGUGCCCGCCAAUAUAAUUGUCGACGGGCUUGAAGAGGAGUCAAAUGUACCUGAAGAAAGGGAAACUCCGCAAGGGUAACG